CGCCAACGGCCGCGCGCGGGGCACGCCGGGAGUUGUAGUCUCCGGGCCCACGUGGGAGCGGCACCGGCACCGGCAUCGGCACCGGGAUGGCGGGGCUGGAGCUGGUGUCGGACCGGGGGUUUCGGGCCGACGGGCGCCGCCCGGACGAGCUGCGCAAGGUGCGGGCCCGGCUGGGGGUGCUGGCGCGGGCCGACGGCUCGGCCUACCUGGAGCAGGGCAACACCAAGGUCCUGGCGGCCGUGUACGGCCCGCACGAGAUCCGAGGGUCCCGGGCCAAGGCCCCCCCUGACCGGGCUCUGCUGAGCUGCCGCUGCAGCUCGGCCCCGUUCGCGGGGGGCGGCGAGCGGCGCCGGAGACCCCCCCAGGGGGACCGGAGGUCGUGGGAGCGGGCGCUGCUGCUCCGGGGGGUCCUGGAGGGGGCCGUGCUCACCCACCUGUACCCCCGCUCCCAGAUCGACGUGCACGUCCAGGUGCUGCAGGCGGACGGGGGCGAGCUGGGUACCAGCGUGAGCGCGGCGGGGCUGGCGCUGCUGGACGCGGGGGUGCCCAUGCGGGGGGCGGUGGUGGCCGGUUCGGCCGGGCUGGCCGAGCCCCCCGCGGGGCCCCCCCUGGCCCUGGCCGACCUGAGCGCGGCCGAGGAGGCGGCCGGGGGGCCGCUGGUGGUGGCCACGCUGCCGGCCUCGGGCCACCUGUCCCUGUGCCAGCUGAGCGCCCGCCUGCACCAGGAGCGGCUGCAGCCCGUGCUGGACAUGGCCCAGCGCGCCUGCGAGGGGCUGCACGCCGUGCUGGACGCCGUGGUCAGGGACAGGCUGAGGAGGGACGCGGCUAUGAACGAGUGACCGGCGUGGGGACGCGCCACGGGGACGCCACGGGGGGCAAGGGGGGACACUGGGGACAGUGGGGGACA